ACAAUUUUUCGUUAUGGCCGAACAACAAUUAGGAUCCUCUAUCAAAGAAAGACCAUCAAAAUGUACUACCAAACUUUUAGUUGCUGCUAUUGACUUUGGAACUGUUUAUUCCGGUUAUGCUUAUUCGUUUAAGAAUGAAUGGCCUGAUGUGAAGGCUAAUGUAUGGUCUAGUGGUGAACUUAGAUCCUAUAAGACACCGAGCGCUCUUCUUCUAAACCCAGACCAAUCUUUUAAUUCAUUUGGAUUUGAUGCUGAGAAGAAAUAUGCGUCGUUAACAGAAGAUGGCGAAGACUGUAAGAAGUACUUCUUUUUUCAACGUUUUAAGAUGAUUCUGAAACAAUCACUUGAAAAGAGAGUCCACAGAAAAACGCAAAUUAUGGCAGAGAAUGACUCAUUUGUUGAUGCCAUGACAGUAUUUACAUAUUGCAUUAACCAUAUGAGAGAGCACCUUUUGAAAACCCUUGAAAACAAGCUGGCAAAUACGAUCUCCAUGGAUGAUAUACAAUUUGUACUGACUGUACCCGCAAUAUGGGAUGAUACAGCAAAGAUGUUUAUGCGAGAAGCAGCUGUGCAGGCAGGGAUUAAAAGCGACCAAUUGUUGAUCGCAUUGGAACCCGAAGCAGCCUCCAUAUAUUGCCAGCUGAUGCAUUUAGAAUCAACUGACAACAAAAGAUUUUUCUUGGCGGGAAAAGAAUCUGGGGCUAAAUACAUGGUUCUUGAUCUUGGAGGGGGAACAGCUGAUAUAACAAUUCAUCAAUUGAAGCAAGACGGUACGUUGGCUGAACUCGUCCCGGCGAGCGGCGGUAGUUGGGGAGGAACCUGCAUUGACAAGGCAUUUAAAGAAUUUUUGACAAAUCUGUUUGGGAAGUCGGUAAUGAAUAUAUUUCAAAAAGAUUCUGAGUACCUCGAAGAUUAUUUUGACUUCUGGCAACAUUUUGAAGUCAAGAAAAGAGCAUUUGAAAACGAACAAAAUGAGAGCGAAAACAAAGAAAAGAAAAAGGAUAACCCUGAGUCUAAAUUUGCAAUUCGAAUUCCGUUUGCCCUCGGUGAAAUCGUAGCAAAGCAAAGUAAACAAGGUUUCAAACAAACCAAAAUGGAUGCAGUCAUAGCGAAUGCAAUUGAAAAGUCACACUUCAAGAAUGACGUUUCGUGUACAAAUGGCAAAUUGUUAAUGCAAUCAUCAUUUUUCAAGCAGAUGUUUGAUCCUACUAUUAAACUCCUUAUCAAUCAUUUGAAAAAGCUUUAUACAGACAUCGGUGAAGAUUUAAAAGUAAUAUUGAUGGUUGGGGGUUUCUCAGAGUGCAGUGUUAUCCAAGACGCUGUCAAAAAAGAGUUUGAAGGAAAAUGCAGAGUGGUUGUUCCUAAUCAAGCAGGUCUAGCCGUUGUCAAAGGAGCUGUAUACUUCGGUCACCAGCCAGACCUUAUAACCGAGCGAGUCUCCAGGUACACCUAUGGAAUUCAAACAUGGCCGGCAUUCAAUGAGACUAAACAUGACAGAUCAAAACGAGUUGUAAUGGAAGAUGGACCAAGAUGCAAAGACGUAUUUUUCAAAUUCGUUGCCAAAGGAGAUAAAAUAAAGCCAGGAGACAAGAAGUCUUACAUAUUUAAAUCUCUGAAUUCAAAUGCCGAGGCGCUCGAUUGCGGGGUCUUUAUUUCAAAUGAAAAGAAUCCAAAGUAUGUUGACGAUAAAGGAUGUGCAAAGCUUGGGACAUUGAAAAUUCCACUUGAUGGGGUCGACAGAAAUGUCGAUAUAGAGGAGUCUUUGAUAUUUGGGGAUACAGAGCUCCACGUGACUGCUUGCAACUGUACAAAUAAGAUGGAAUACAAAGUAAAGUUUGACCUGCUUUCCGAAAAUAUCAAUUUUUCUUGAAACAUCAAUGAAGAUUAUCAAAGGGUAGACUGAGACCAUUAGGGUUUUAUACAACUGAAACCUAAGAAAACUUUUAUGUGAUAAAAUUAUAAAAGGAUAAAGAAAUAUAGUCAUUGAACUAUACUAUAUAAACAUUCACACUGUAUUAUAUAUAUAUAUGUAUAUAUA